CUGGAGUGAUGGUAGUUUAGGGCGGUGUUACUCCUUCUCUCGUUGAUUCGGAUCUAGAGUCUUUUUUCACUCUUCAGUUCUCGUUGUUGUUCUUCGCUUUCCUGAAACUAGGGUUUUCAAUUUCGAUUCAUUCGUUAAUAAUUAAAGAUGUUUGGGAGGGCACCGAAGAAGAGCGAUAAUACGAGGUACUACGAAAUCCUCGGCGUCUCGAAGAACGCUUCGCAGGAUGAUCUGAAGAAGGCUUACAAGAAAGCCGCCAUCAAGAAUCACCCUGACAAGGGCGGUGAUCCCGAGAAGUUUAAAGAGCUGGCACAAGCAUAUGAGGUUCUGAGUGACCCUGAGAAGCGUGAGAUAUAUGAUCAGUAUGGUGAAGAUGCGCUUAAGGAAGGAAUGGGUGGUGGCGGUGGCCAUGAUCCGUUUGAUAUCUUUUCAUCUUUCUUUGGAGGUGGGAGUCCCUUUGGAUCAGGUGGAAGUAGUCGAGGUAGGAGGCAGAGGCGCGGAGAAGAUGUGGUUCACCCUCUCAAGGUCUCUCUGGAGGACCUUUAUCUCGGGACUUCUAAGAAGCUCUCCCUCUCCAGAAAUGUCAUAUGCUCCAAGUGCACUGGUAAGGGUUCUAAGUCUGGUGCUUCGAUGAAGUGUGCUGGUUGUCAAGGAACUGGUAUGAAGGUUUCUAUAAGACAUCUUGGCCCGUCCAUGAUUCAGCAGAUGCAGCAUGCUUGCAAUGAAUGCAAGGGUACUGGAGAAACCAUCAACGACAGAGAUCGCUGCCCACAGUGCAAGGGAGAAAAGGUUGUGCAGGAGAAAAAAGUCCUUGAAGUUAUUGUGGAAAAGGGAAUGCAGAACGGGCAGAAGAUUACAUUCCCUGGCGAAGCUGAUGAAGCGCCAGACACAAUUACUGGGGAUAUUGUCUUUGUCCUUCAGCAGAAGGAACAUCCCAAAUUCAAAAGAAAGGCUGAAGAUCUUUUUGUAGAGCACAUUUUGUCCCUUACUGAAGCCUUAUGUGGCUUCCAAUUUGUGCUGACUCACUUGGAUGGCCGUCAGCUUCUUAUUAAAUCAAAUCCUGGGGAAGUUGUCAAGCCUGAUUCAUACAAGGCUAUAAAUGAUGAGGGAAUGCCCAUGUAUCAGAGGUCAUUCAUGAAGGGGAAGCUUUACAUUCACUUCACUGUGGAGUUCCCAGAUUCCCUAAACCCUGACCAGGUUAAGGCCUUGGAAGCUGUUCUGCCACCAAAGCCUUCUUCACAAUUGACAGACAUGGAGCUGGAUGAAUGUGAGGAAACAACACUCCAUGAUGUCAACAUGGAGGAGGAGACUAGGAGGAAGCAACAACAAGCUCAGGAGGCAUAUGAUGAGGAUGAUGACAUGCCUGGUGGUGCACAGAGGGUACAGUGUGCCCAGCAGUAAUGACUUGUGUGGAAGCUAGAAUCAGAAUUGAUGAAAAUGAUGAUGAUACUGUUGAUGUUUCCGUAACCGUAGUGUGUGUGGACUAAAGAUAAGUAGUGUUUGAUCAAAUGAUUGUGAGAAAGUGAACAGUGUAUUGCUUGCUUUCUUAUGAUUGUCGAAGGGAUAAUUUCCGAUCUGACGUCCUAAAUAGUAGUACUUUACUAUAUUUGUUUGUUCUUUUUAAACUCUACGAUUUGGUUUAUCUCAUUCCGUUGUUUGUGUGCA